AUGGCGGAGGAUAAAAGCGGCAAUGAGCUGGUGGAAGUUGAGGAGGUGGCGGUGUCCGACGGCGGCGUCGCCCGAUUUGCCCCGGUGGACAUUCAGAGCGGCGAGGAGAAGUACACCAUCGUGUGGCAGGAGUCGGCGAAGCUGCUGCGGUUUGACGAGGGCGAGAACCAGUGGAAGGAGCGCGGGCAGGGCACGGCGAAGAUACUGCAGCGGAAGGACGAAGAAGGCAAGUACAUGUUCGUCUUCCGCCGCGAGGGUAUCGGCAAGCUGGCGGCGCAGCACUAUCUUCUCAAGUCAAUGAAUGUGAAGUUUCACCCCCAGAGCGAAAAGGCGCUGCUGUGGAUGGCGCACAAGGACUACACCGACGAUGAGGAGGGGUUCCCCGAGAAUUUUGUGAUGCGGUUCACCUCCAAGGAGCUCGCUGAAAAGGCCCUGAAGGCUUUCAAGGACGCCAUCGCCGCCUCGGCUGUUUAG